CCGGGCUUCGACUCGGAUUAUCAAUAUUCGAUACCUCUCUCCUCACAUAAGUAUAGCUGGUAUCCUAUGGCGACGACGGCAAACCCUAAUGGUAUCGCGAGCCAGGACUGGGCAGGGCGCUACGACCAUAUAGACCAAAUACUCGACAUGCCAGGUCCCCGUACAGAUCCCGCAUUCAUGGCAGGGGACGGGGUCAAGGACUUUCUUCGCAACCAGGCCAAGAUCCUAGUCAUCGGGGCAGGUGGUCUGGGCUGCGAGAUUCUCGCCAAUCUUGCGCUUACCGGGUUCAAGGACAUUCAUGUUAUUGACAUGGAUACCAUUGAUAUCAGCCGAAAGACGUUGGCGGCAGAGUUCAUCAUGAAGAGGGUACCGGGAGUCAAGGUCACGCCGAUAAAGGACGACGAAUAUUACAUGCAAUUUAAUCUCGUCAUCUGUGGCCUCGAUUCUGUCGAAGCACGAAGAUGGAUGAACGCGACGCUAGUCAAUCUUGUCGAUCCUGAGAACCCGGAGAGUCUGAAGCCUCUAAUUGAUGGAGGCACAGAAGGUUUCAAGGGACAAGCCCGCGUUAUCCUACCAACAAUUACGUCGUGUUAUGAAUGCUCUCUGGAUAUGCUGAACAAACCUACUGCUUUUCCCAUCUGUACUAUCGCCAACACGCCACGCCUUCCGGAACACUGCAUAGAGUGGGCAUCCGUGCUCGAAUGGCCGCGUAUGCAUGGAGACAAGAAGAUGGAUACUGACGAUCCAGACCAUAUCAAUUGGCUAUACACCGUCGCGUCUGCACGCGCAAGAGAGUUCAAAAUAGAAGGCGUGACAUGGUCACUCACCCAAGGAGUGGUCAAAAAUAUCAUCCCAGCUAUUGCAUCUACGAAUGCUAUCAUUGCAGCGGCUUGUUGUAAUGAGGCUUUCAAGAUUGCCACUAGCUCAGCUGCUUUCUUGAACAACUACUUCAUGCUCAUCGGCACCGAAGGUAUCUAUUCGUAUACGUUUGAACACGAAAAGCGAGACGAUUGUCCCGUAUGCGGUGGGGAAUCCUUAGAGAUGCCCAUCAGCGCGGAGGUUACUGUCGAAGAGUUGAUCGACAUGCUGACAGAAAAGCAGGAUAUCCAGAUCAAGAAGCCAUCGUUAUCAUCUGGCCCAAUACAAAUUUAUCUACAGGCUCCUCCUCAACUGGAAGCCAGCACCCGCCCCAACUUGCAGAAGAAGGUAUCGGAGCUUCUUCCAGCGGGAGGAGAGGUUACUAUUACUGCCAGCACGCUACCUUUCAGUCUUUCGCUGAACAUCACUUACAAGUAAUAACUGUAUAACAUCUUUUCCUGUCAUAUUGCUGUCGCAUUGUUGUAACAAAGAAAUACAAACAAAAUCUAACAUCCCCUCG